GCCGGACCGAGGAGCGUCAUUCCUUCCCCGCGAUCCACCAAAGGGUCGAAGAAAGAAGAGGUCGGGGUCCGUGCCAGCUGUUCAGCCCGCGAUCUUUGGACUCCUUGGUGCCCCAUCGGUGCUCCGUCUAGAACACGGGAUUUCCUGGUGCUGACCAUGUCGAUCAUCACCGGCUGCUUUCGACGUUUAACGGACGCUUCCACCAGAACCGAGCUGAAGGGGUACAAAGUAACAGACGUGAACCGCACGCGGAAAUUCGGCGUCGCCUGCAGGAGCCUUCAGGAGCUGAAGCGGAAAGCUUGCGCGAAAUUAAACGUGACAAAUGACCUUGCCGAAGUCAACGUCUUCCUGCUGGACGGUUCGCUGAUCGACGAAGAGUAUUUUUCAACGCUGGAACCUCAGUCUACUCUCAUUAUACAGAAGCCCGGUGAAAAGGUGUUAACAGACGCCGACCUGCUGUACGAUACCUUGAGGCGAGUCAACAUCGAUUUCCUGACUGCCGCCGACAAGGCGUCCAAGUUCCUCACGGAGCACCUUAAGACGAAGGUCGCUAUUCUGAAUAACGCGCUGAACAAGGACGAUUCGAAGACGGCGUUCAGCAGCAGGGAGGAACAUCCGGAAUGGUUUCGGGGAUUGGAAACCAACUGCACUACCAAGGAAGCAUACAUGCAUCGCAGAUGUCAAGACAGGAUACGCAACUACCUCUACAAAACCAUCGACCAAAUCAAAUCCUCCGAGACGUUCGCGAAGGACCCCCGAGCCAGAAAGCAACUACUGUACGCCAUAGCCUUCUUCAAAAUGCAGCUAAAAGAGGAUCACUACUUCGGCCACUAUUUCGACAGAAGUCGAGCAAAAAUCGAGUCGUUGGAAAACGUCGACGAAAAUGACUCCGCGGUCUGCUACGAUCAUUGUCCCUGUAGGCUCGACACUUUGGACGGCAGCACGUACUUCCGUUUGUUCGGAACGAUGAACCAGUCCUGUGUCGAUGGUCCAAGGAAGAAGGACACUGACAAAAUCUCGAAAACGGAAACGAAAAGUGAGGAAGAAGAUGCGGAGGACACUUGUCCGUAUUCUGUUAGGAGGAAUGAGAGAGUGUCCUGUGUGGCGAUGUGCGAUCACAAGGGUGAAUUUAAGUGCUGUGGUGUUUGGAACGCGGAGAAGUGCUCUUAUGGAGAGAGGCACAGAAUCAACCCUUAUAGAUCGAGGGAGGAGCUCAUACUGUUUUCUACGUGGAAUUUUGAUCAUAAAAUCGAGAGAUCCAGAACGUUGAUCCCGCUCCUCCUAAAGCUAACGUCUCAAGGAAUCGCCAGCGAGACGGAUAUCCUGGACAUCUAUGACAAUCUCUUCACCAUGAAGAACUUGAGGCUGGUGCACAUCGUGUGCCACGACAAGGGCUCGCACAAAUAAUUUAAUUUACUUUACUAACUUAUCGGGGACGUGAGAAGAUACGUAGAACAACCUUUGAACAUGAAUCUAACUGUUCGUAUGAAAACGUACCUACUUGUAAACUGCUGUUGAUAGUUGAUAGAUUUAAACGUUUAUUAAUGUCGUAUCCUAACAUGAUUCCGUUGCGCCGCAAAAAUAAGCAAUACCGACUAACUAUUUUCUUCUGGCUGGUAGAUUGUAAGUCUUUCCUAGACAACGAUUGUUGUGAUUUUUUAUUGUACUGUGCACAAAUGAAUUUAUUCGUUUAAUGUGUUCACUGACGUGAUGUGGGUUGAAGAUGUGUAUGAAUUUAUAUUGUUGAUGUAAUUAUAAUUAUUAGUUUAACUUGGGGAAUUGGUAUUGAAAAUUGAUAUAUCGAUCGUUGUAGAGGGCACCAGUGACGCCAUGACACCUCUUGACAUUUUCUAACGUUAAUAGAAAUUUUUUUAUGUACUCAUUCUUGUAAUAGUCGUGUAUUUGUAUUAUUUUUGUAAUGUACGUCUUGCUUUCCAAUAUCGCGAAGUAUAUUUUAAGGAAAUUUUAUGAGUCAAAAUUUACCUACUCAAAGUUGAUCAAUCAAGCGUGGAAGAAUGUUAGUACAUUGGGUUCAACAAUAUUAAUAAUACAGUAACAACAUAAGUAAAUUGAAAGUGUAAUCUGCAAAACGAAACAAUCAUUUACCAAAAUAAUGUUUAUAUCAACGUCCACCUAGCUCAUGACAGUGAACACGUUAAAUAGAAAGAAUUAUCGGUAUUGCACUCGUGAUAUGUUACCAGUGUUAGAUGCGAAAAUUCGCAGACCGUGUUAAACCGAUAAAAUAAAAAUUGUCACGAAAUGUUCGAUCCGAUACUCGCUCGGUAAGGAAGGUAGCCGUGGAUAAACACAGACUUUUAGAAAAUCAUAAACGAAAACUUUUUUAACACGUUUUUAAAGACUUCUUUAUGUAUAACUAUUGUAAACUUUCUAUCUUCGUCGAAGCCGGCGAUGUUUAUUCUCCUUCAUGCACAAAAGAGGAUCUCAUAAAAGAGAGCCUCGAUUUAUCGUACAGGGUUGGGCGCAAUGGAAUAAUCGCGGAUCAAAAGAGAAUUUAUCGAGACGGGUCGAUUAGGCUCGUUUAAAGAACUGUUGCUUAAUUUCUUCGAGUUUCGCGAGGAAGCGGAAGGACAGUCCUAAUUUUAGGACGUUAGAGAUUAUCUUUAGAAAGUGUACUCUCUAGAUUCUGAGUAUCUUUCGAAUAUUUUUCAUUCGACUGGUCGAUUAAUGACAAAACCAAAGUUCUGAUAUACAUAUAUAUAUAUAUAUAUACAUAUAUACAUAUUCGUUACGGAAUUUAGAAGAGAUACAUGUGUGAACAUGUGUGUAGAUUUGUACAUCACAGAUUAUUUGUACUCACACUUUAUUAAUUAUAUUGAUUAAUUAUUAGCAAUUGGGAGUAACGAUGAGUAUUAUCAUAUAUUUUGAAAUAUUUUUGUAGCGAAUAAAAUUUUUAAAAAUUAUUUUCUAUGUACACUCGGAGUAACGAUAAAUAUUAUCAUAGAAAAAUAUUUUUGUAGCGUACAAAGUUUAAAAAAUUAUUUUCUAUGUACACUCGGAGUAACGAUAAAUAUUAUCACAGAAAAAUAUUUUUGUAGUGUACAAAAUUUUAAAAAUGAUUUUCUGUUUACAAGGUAAUAUUCAGCUAACACAAUGUGCUAAAAAUAUAAAAUCAUUUCAGCUAUUUUGAAUAAAUCCUUAAAAGUUGCAGUCCUAUUAAUUCACCAUGCAAAAUUGAUUUUUACCCACGUUGGUAAUUUUUAGAAAUUUUAAUCAAUUACCAAAAUUGAUAUUACAAGUAUCCACAAAUAUUUUCAUAAUUUACCAUGAUUUCAUGAUUUACUUUUCAACAAACUAUUCUACUGUGACAGACAUCCAUUCUACACACGUGUACACACGAAAUAUAAAUAUAUACAGAGGUAUUAUACAAGAGAAAUUAUAAGAAUGUUUUAGAGACAUGUGUGAUAUCAAAAGCGCGGGAAAAUCAAGGUUAAAGGCUAGAGUGUCUUUUGCUAAUUUUUUGAAAUGAUUUUACUAGUUGCAAGUUUUAAUUAACGAUGAAUAAAUACUACGGCUAAUGAUUUAGUAUAUUUCAGUUGAAACACCGCCAUUUUCUGUUCGACUGCCGCGGCUCUUUCGUCACGAACGUGUUGAAAAUUGCUGGGCCGUAGAUUUCUUUGUACACGCGAACGAGUCGUUUCUCGUCUUUGACGAGUCCCUGGUAUUUCGUAUACAAAGUAGUUAUGCAAGAUUUUCGUGCAAGCUUUGUUCUUUGGUUCGCGUUUUACCGAGAAGGUAACACGAAAUUGUUCAAGCGAAACAGAGUGAUCGAUAGACGUUUCGUGAGCAUCGGCGGAAAAAUUUGUUUGUAAGAUUCUUAACGAUCGUUAUUCCGAAAGUUUCCAUAACUAAGCAGCGAAUUUAUGGCGGUGAUUUAUUCGUUUUCAACAAUGUACAGUUGUCGAAACUUCCGGAGCUACAUCGUGGAGAUUUAUGGAAUCGAAAAGGAGCAGAAAAUCAAAAUUCGGUCACUCUAAAAGUUUUGAGAAGCGAGGUAUAAAUUUGUUCGAAGAACAGUUUACGAUCACAGUUUACAACCCCGUCCUAUUUGCACACAGGGGUAAAUUCUCAAAACUUUCAGCGUAACCCAGGAAAAAAAGCUGAAAGGCAAUGUUUCGCAGAAGUUUAAUCGGAUUAAAUUAGCGAACUCUCAUAUCCGUUUCACGAAGAGAAAAUAAAAUUCGUGUCUCGAAAUGUAACAUAUACUACAGGGGUGUCUUUGAGACGCUACAACGUUUAUAAAAUUUUAUAUCCGAGAGCUAAAAGUUUUGCGACUACCUUCGCUUUCAUCUUAAAAUUGAACACCGGUCACGGUUUCGAACGACAAAAGAAAAAUUGCAGGCAAAGUGGUGCAUUUAAUCUGUUUGUGAAGGAACGUUGUAGCAACCCUUUAAAGGCACCCUGCAUAUCGUGAUAAGCUCGAACCAAAACAGAGGAGAAUAUUUUUGUGAAAAAACACCGCGUCCAAAGGAACCUGAUAAUGUAUCUCGAUCGACGUGCCAUGCAAAGUGAAACUGUGACAAAAAAGUGCAAUACUUCCUCGUAGGCUACAUGUAAGCAUAGCUAUUUUUCAAUGUAAAACGACUGUGUAGCACUAUUCUAGGGAAAUAUACAUCUAUUUUAGGUACGAGGGGAGGAGGGAGAAGAGAAAAUGUGUCUUCUGUAAUUUUGUUUCAUUCCUG